UCUGAAGAAUGAGUUUUAGAAAAAUCUGCUAUAAAAUGAGUAUUUUUAGAAAAAACAUAUCUAUAAGUUAUACGUUUAUCCUGUAGCGCUCUUAUCAAUGGUAAUAUCAUUCAAUUAGCCAGAAAUUAAUUCAAUAUAUUUAAAUCACUCAGAAAUCGUCUCCCCAACCAUUUUUGGAGAAAAUUUUCGAAUUCUGGAAACCUCUUUUAGACAUCCCUUUGGUACCCCACUUCGUUUUCAAAAACACAAUAGCUCGUCACUGUGAUGUCGAAAAUACAUAUAUCUCGUAUGCAAAGUAUCCAUUGCCAAACAUUCGAACUCUGCUAUGAUGCGUGACUCAAACGUAUUGUACGGUUCAUGAUAAAACCUUUCAAAUUCAUUUAUUUAUUAAUUCGCAAUUUUGCUCGCGAGGAAUAAAUUUUAUAACACAAAAAUUAUAUAUUUAAAAUCUACAGGCUCUACCGAUUCAGAAUGUGUAUGUUGGUUUCGACAUUUCAACAUAGUGAAAUGGCCUAGUGCGUAUGGUUUGGUUUGAUUUGAUUGUCUUUCCGUUAACUCCAUACAGUCAAUAUAGACUAUCGUACCUUCUAUGCGUUCUCUUGAUAAUUUAUUAGCAUGCAAUUUCUCUUUAUCAUCCAAAUCUGGUGGAAUAACAGGCAAAUUAUAUUUCAACUACGAAAUCAAUAAUUAAAAAGCUCAAUAUUAUUUGUUGAAUAUUUUUGGCAUUGCAAAGAUCCAGAAAGACACCGAGAAUUCCGUUCCAAAUUUUUUUUGUUUUCUUUAUUUACAAACUUUUUUUUACAAUAUUACUUAAAUUCAGGGGCAAAGAAUCGCACUGAGUGGACGCUGCGAGUAGCGCAUACACUCACUCGAAUGAAAGACGAUUAAUUCGUGUGCGCUGCUCGACUCACGAAAAUGGGUUUUUAUACGCACACGGCACACUAUGUUCUGCUUCUUCUUCGUUUUGUUCGUAUCUGCUAUAGCAAAAAGAAGAAAAAGAAGAAGAAGCGGAAUACUGGUGAGUAGACUGUACGGAAUUUACUCGAUUCCAAAUCAACAUAGUUUGUCUUAUUCCUUGUGCUUAACAGAGUAUUUUGAUAUAAAAAAUUUAUUCCAAAAUUAUUUCUUCGCGAUCAAAAUUGAAAAAAAUAAUAAUAAUGAUUUGAAAGGUUUUACGUACGAAAGGCAAGACGUCUACUUCAAAAACAUUUCAAUAUCUUCAAUACAUUCACACAUCACCGUUAACUGUUCUAGUUUGUGUCGCAAUUUUUUUCUCUACAACACACGUCAAUGCGACAAUUGACACAUAGGCUACGUGUGUGUUUGUUUUGGAAUUCGUUACCGAGUUCUAUUGAACUGAAAUACAAAGGUAGCCUGAUUGACCGUUUGGAUUGUCACAUAAAAACGCGCGGUUUUCGAAUUGGCAAAGAAAUUUAAUUUUUGUGCGCCGAUUCGGAAACCAUAAAAACGAGCCAUUUUCAAAACGGCUCAUUUUUCUGAAUUGGCACACAAAAAAAACCGAUUCUGAAUUGGUGCACAAAAGUUAAAUUUCUUUGCCAAUUUGAAAACCGCGCAUUGUAAAAUUAAUUUUAAACCAUCGAUUUGAACGUUUUCAACCUCUGGAUAUAUACCCCAUUCACUAAAUUGGUUGGUAUUGAAGAAAAUAAAUCGAUGGUUUCCGUACUUUCGAACGAAGACAAAUUUCGAAGCAUGGCGCAACCUUUUAUUUGAAUCAGCCACUUGAAGAAGAUCUGCCAAAUCCAAAUGUCCCAGUAUUCCUUCGAGGCAAUCAAUAUUCAAAUCUGUCAGAAUCAUUUCGCUUUGAAAUGAAGUGUUCAAUCGGUUUGGUCAACUGUGGAAAAAAAGGAAAGGUGAAAAAAUCAUUAAAUCUAUUUUCAAAACUUGGAUGGCAAUGUAAUUUUAAGAAACUAAAAAAACUUACUUGGAUGAAAACUUAUUCACUGAAUGAGGCCCCUGGUUUGAUGCAAUUUAUGUGAGGUUUUGAUUUUUUUUCUCGUAUUUUUUACUUUUAAAUAAUUUUCAAGCAAAAUCAAAAUGUCAAGAUGUUUUCGCGUUGAGCAUCAAUAUGCAACUGAUUUUAUUCUUUGAACGUAUGAUCAUGCGUGGUGCAUUCUCAAACAAGCAUAGGCGCAUGAACAUUAGUGCAGGUAUAAAUUAGGAGGUAAUUAGAACAAUCCAGACAGAUGAAAUGCUACAUAAACGAAUUAGUGCCACCAGAAACUAAAGGAUCUCACUAAUUAGUGAUAACUUUAACAACAAUAUGCAGAUUUGUGCCGGGUCCAAAAUUCAACAAUCUGUUAUUGCACUUUUUUCUAAAUAAAAAUCCGGACUCUUUAUUACGCUUCAACAGAUCAUUUUAAAUUUUAACUUAACCUGCGUAAAAUUCCUCUUUUACAACUAAGAAAACUACAAAAAAUCAUCGUCUAAAGUACAUUUGAAGAAGGAUAGAAAAAUAAACCAAAAUAUCAGUAUUAAAUGUCAUGGAAAAGAUUCGGCAAAAAUAACUGCAACACUAUAAAUAUCCGAUCCACAUAUAGAAUAUACAUAAAUUGAGCUGAAGGUGACUGAUUCGAAUUUUAAAAUGAGAUGCAGCUCUCAAUUUUAAUUCCUAAGCCAUAUAACAACACUUUGUAAGCACUCUCGCACUGAGUUCUCGUGUAACAGCAAAAACUUUCGUGUCUCAAUGGGAUUAUUCAAUUUAAUGAGUUUUUGAGUUUUUGACUUUUUGUUUCUGUGUGCAAAUGGUGAAAUUUUUUCGAGGGGAAAGGGGAAACAUCGAAAACUCACUCAAGCAUAUGAACACAAUUUAAAUGAUGUCACGAAUGAUGGCAAAUGCUUUGAAAAAGUGAAUUUAAUUAAAAACGACCUACACACGCCAAAAAUCGUUAUUUAUCGACAGGAAACAUGUUAUAACAUUUGGGCUGUUGAAAUAUUCUUCGGUCGAUCUCUGAAACAAUCGCAUCGAACAAACAAUUGUACACACGCACGCAUCGCCAUACAGUUGGAAACUUCGUGCAUUCCCUCAUAACACAUCGCUGUUGCUUCAUAGCAUUUAUUUUUCAAUUAAAAUGGAAAUUUCUCUCUCAACGUCGAGCAAGUGAAACGAUUUGUACGUAUAAUUUCACUUGAAUGCAUCCGAAAUCAGUGUGUUUUACUUUUUAAAUUAAUAUCUGUAAAUGUGUGAAAAGAAAAUUGAGUUUAUUUUCAUUGCAUCGAAUGCAUUUGUCUGCCGACGUAUCAUCUUUCAAACACCUUUUUUGGUCAUAAUCAAAAAAUCAGAUGCAGACGUUUUGUUACGCCUUUGAAAUGGUUUCUUCGUGUGAAUUUAAGUACGGUUUUUUAUUUGUAAAUGGAAAGCAACAGUUUUUAUUCCGUUGGGCGUUUUGAGUAGUGCGAGAAUAACGAGACAAAGUCUCAAAUUGAUUUGAAAAUUUCGAGGGUAUUUCAAUAUCAGACAUCCGUUGAGGAAAACUGGUUUUAAGGGCGCGGCGGCUAUUCGAUCGUAAAUUUUCCAGAUGACAAAUUAUUUCCAAAUAAGAAAAUAAAUCACCAAAAGGAACCGCAGCCAAAGUAAUAAAAACAGUCGCGAUGUCCAGUUUCAGUAUGACCAUUCGAAUCUUGACCGGUCUAAUAACUUGUUUUUCGUAUUUGUAUUUCGCGUUUGAUCAAAUCAAAAAUUCGACGGUUCCGCGCGCACCCUUGUUUGUUUGUUUGAUCGGCUCAAUUUUAAUUGCUUGAGAAAAUUAAUCGAAAAACUGCAGUUGGGCUGCGCGGUCAUCGCGUCAUUUGUCUUCGCAAUGAAUGAAAUUUCUCAUCGACCCGAUUGUUAACGGUGAAGAAAGAAAAAUUUCUCAGGACACUCCGUUUUAGUGCUCGCGGAAUGAAAACCGACCGCCAAGACAAAACAAUGGUAAUGCACAUUACCUGCUAUGUCAUCAUCAUCUACAAUAAAAAGUACUUAGUUCGCGCGCAAGAAAAACCGUUUCAGUUUUUUUUCUUCCUUUCUUCUUCUUAUUUAAGAUGCAUUCUCUCCGCUUUCACUCUUUUGUUUGGGCAUUUUUCGCUGGUGCGUUUCCAUUGUUUGCAUUUUCAUAAGUUAUAAUAAAUGUGCAUAAAUUAUCUAUUUUAUGAAUCUCUUGAUUGCCGCCGUCUCCUAAUGUCCAUUUGAUCGCUAUUGUAUGCCACGGUGUAGUGGAUGAAAAAAAAAGAAAUACGAUAAAAACAUGAAUUCACUCUCCGUUGCCCGCUGCUUUUGCUUUUUGUUUGAUUGUUAUUUCACCGUGAAAAUAAAACAACAAUAUUAAUCUGAUGUGCUCAGCCUCAGCGGCGAAAAUAGCCUGCUUGUUUCAAGUGAUAUUCAUCUCUCUAAACAGCACAAACAGUAGCUGCUGCAUCAUAAAUGACUCUCUCUCUCUCUUUUAAGAUGAAAGAGAGCUGAGAUGAAGAAGGAAAGUGAAAAAACCACGCGAUGAUUAUGGCUACGAAAACAACACAUUUGUUUUCGCACCGUGUGCACUUAUGACAUAAGACAAAUAGAAAAAUACGGAGAAUCUUCUUUUUAAAAUAGAAAAGGGGAUGAAAUGCUUGGCAAAGCGAAACGGUCAAAAAGUAUGUAGCGGUGAUGAGUCGUUAAACCCGUUUAUCAAGCGGAGGAAUGGUUGAAACGAAGGAAAUUAACAUGGAAGCGAUGUGUUAAAAGACGCGUAAAUCACACAUAUUGCCACCGUAGUACCGUUAUGAUUGUGGUAUUGAAACGGCUAAUGUAUGUUAUGUCAUGUCGCCUAUUCUUUUUUCACAUAUUUGACCCAUAAAAAUAAGAUGCCUGUUUUACAUCGAUAACGAUGCUCUUGGCUUGGCUCGAAACGCGACAUUCGAUGUUUAAUCUUGUUUUUUCCAUCUUAAUACCAAACAUUUGGUCCAUAUUCCAAGGUUAUCGGUGUCAUCGCUGGUCAAACGAUGCAAAGUUGAUAAACUCGAAAAUUUGCAUAAUUUCGGGAAACAUCCACACAUUUUUUUUUUCUUUCUUUCCAUUUUCGUUGCGAGAAAACGGCGAUUCUGGUUUUUGUGCUCAUUUCCCUCGUGAAAUGUUUGAGAAAAAUCUCGAUCGCGUCCGCUGAGAAAAAAAAAGGCGAUAAUAGAAAUUGAAAUGCGUGUGUUUUUGAUGUAUAACGGUUGUUUUGCAUAUCCAUCCAUGGGAAAAUAUGCGUCUAGCCGAAUAAUAAUUCAGGAGAAUAAUGAGUAUAAUUUGUUUUUCUCAGGUCGCUCUCACGAGUUUCAAUCGAGAAAAAUGCGUCGAUUUAAUAGCAUUUCUGGCAAAUAUAUCUAGAAAAAAAAACAGAAUUCAGCUGCGAAAUAAAUUUCCCGCAAAUUAUAGAUUCAUUCAACGCUGCUGUUUUCAAAAAAAGUUGCUUCUUUUACACGAUAUCUAGUCAAAAUACUUAAAUUUUUCGCAGAAAUGCUGGCUAAAUGUUUGCAUUUGAAAUUCUGCCGCUGUCGAAUGAAUAUGGAUAAAUGGUUUGAGGCGUUGAAAAUGCGUCUUAAAGAAAAGAAUUGGAUAAAUUUUUCGAUUACAGUUGAGCGCAUCAACAAUUUUCGCAAUUUUUUUUUAUUUCGUUGAGUGCUCGCGCGCGCUCGCUUGUGUGUUAUGUCAAUUGAUGGCGAUAAUUUGAUGAAAUGUGUAAAACAAACAACGAUUAUUGUUGGAAUCGCACACGUGUGUAUCAAACGAACUAGAAGCAAUUUCAUAAUCAAAUUGCAUGCAACAAGAAAAUGAUGUUGUGCUUAGCCAAUUGGUUCGACCAAACACACACGCGCACACAUUUGUCUUGGCCAAUUAAUUAUUUCUGCUCGAAAUCCCAUCUAUUGGCUUUACAAACUCACUCCAUAUUUGACGGUUUCAACCGGUGUGUAUGGAUACAUUGGAAAUUGAGUCAAAUGCCGUUGUUAACUAUGGCCGGAGUGUCAUGCGCGAAGCGAAAGAUAUUAGUUUGACGAAUGAGGUUUGCAGCUGAUCGAUCUUGGCUCAUUUGCCCUGAAUGAAAAUCGUCCCGCUCUUUAUGCUUUCUUAAUUAUGAUCAUAACGAUAUGGUCUGAACACGAAGGGUUUUCGGUUUCUUCGAAACAAACGCCGUCCAUUAUGAUCGUUUGGCUGAACUAAAUUUUUCAACAGAAGUUCUCUUGUGUUCAAGCGAAUGAAAUCAACUGUGAAAUGCAAUUAAAAUGAAACUGUUUGCUCUUCUUGUUCGUGUGCAAUAUUUACUUACGCUUAAACAGCAAGCUUGAAUACGGGAAAAGCAACAAAGCUCAAAGUAGAAAGCCAAAUAAUGAAGCGAGAAUAAACGAAUUGUCAACUCAUCGACGGCGACGAGGAAAUACUGUUAAUUUCAUACCUUUUCUUUGUAUGCGCAAGAGAGAGAUUUCGAGCGCGAGCUGUUAUUACGGUUUGGUUGCCCAAGGGCAACAUCGUCCAUAAACCACACUUUGUGUUGUUCUUCAUUCACCCGAAAUUUACCGACUUCAUUCCAACGGAAUGGCGGAGUGAAACUGUUAAUUUGUCUACUUAAAAAGAUGUCAACACGUUUCGGGGUUUCUUUUCGAGGCAACAAUGAAAAUAGCUUCGUCGAAAAUGGCUUCGUCUGCGUCGGCAAAGGAUUCCGUUUACGUAAUUAUUUGCUCUAAUUUGAGACGCGUAAUUAAAAUUGGAUCAUAUUUUUCUUUAUCGUACUAUGCUCUUAGCUGCAAUUACUUAACUCCGCUUUCCAUCUCCUCAGAGACAUUCCGUCAACAAUUUUCAUUUAGUUAAUUUGUUUUCGCGUAAAUUUCAUUUAAAUUACAUGUUUUUCCUCUAUUCCUUCCGCUUUGCCGGCAACUGUAUGGAUGCGCGCUGCGCGCACACGGAGCAGUGGCAAAGAAGACAAGCGAAGAACAUGUAAAACAGCAGAGAAAACGCUGCUUAAUGGGUGCACUAUUUUAUUGAGUGUUUUUAUUGCCUUGAAUUUGUUGUUUGAGAUCAUUAUGUCGGUUUUGUUAAUGAUGAACACAUUCAUUCAGCUGGAUUUUUUUUUCGUUGGUGAAUAGAUCAAACAUCAAAUACGCUACCCAAACAGUGUACGAGUAACGAAAUCAACCCCAAGAUUUGUUUAAUGAAUCGUUGAAAGCUGAUGCCGCGCAUUGCAAUCAAGGUGAAGAAAGUGAAUGGAAGAAAAGACUUUUUCUAUUUUUAUUGCCAUGUGCGAUUUCGUUUGAGUUUCGUCGCCUUAUUAACCAUUGAAAGGGUGAAAUUAAUUUCCUUUUCAUAUUAAAAUGUAAUUUUUAUGAAACAUUUUUUCUUCUCUCUCUCUCUCUCUCAGCAAUAAUGAUAUCCGAAGACAAUGUGAAAUAUUUCAAGAAUGGCUCGGGGUUUUAUUGCUUUUCUUCACAUCGCUGCCUAAUGAAUAGUUACUUUCGGUUGAUUUCACCAUAUGCUACGGGUUAUUUGCAAAUAUCAUAUUCCACACACACGCACACGCGCAUACGGCUUUCAAUAUAAAUCGACUUCGUGCUUCCGCUUGAUCAAAAUGCGAGACCUAUGCCCAAAUGCUGAAAAUCGGUUACAUUGUUGCAACGGACUCUAUUCAUUGCGAACGAUGUUUUAUUGAUCGACAGUAAAAUUGGAACUUUAUUGGUGUAUUAUUUCUUGUGGCAUGCCGAAAUGCAUAAAUGUGCAUUCAUCAUUGAGGUACAUAGUACUUCAAUCAGUCAGUUUUAUUCGUGCGCUGGUCUCUUUGUUUUCGCGUGUUCUUUACGAAAUAAACCCAGUCUUCGGACAGUUACUUAAUGUGGAAUUUAGUGCUCAUUUAGCGAGUUUAUGCGUCCGUCCGUGUGCAUAUUCAGCGUACGUAUUCUGUGUAACUUGUUGAAAUUCCAUCGUCGGCAGCGAGAGGUACAUUGUUGUAAUCACGCGCACGAAAUAAAAUCCCUCUAGCAUCUUGCAAUUCGACCGAUUCGCUGUCAUCUACAUGUUGAAUAAUUAAAAGGUGUGUGUGUUUGGUCUGCGCCAUUCAUGUGAGAUGAAAAUGACAGAUUUUUUUCUCUCGCUUCAAUUCUCAUGAAGGAAAAAAACACGCGCAUUUGUUUACACAAAGUGUUCAUUCACGGCGUGCACUAGAUGCAUGCAGACUACUUGAGCUCUACUCAGGAAGAAAACGAAGAGAAAAUACAUCAUUUAAUCGUUGUGUGUGUGUAUUUUUUUUUAUUCAGUGAGCAUCCAUUUGUUUACAACCCAAGUUCAUCGCACUUUCCAUUUUGUUAUUGAAAGAAGUAUAAAAAAAUCGUUUCAUAAAACCCAAAAGACACACAGCGGUAAGAGAUUGACGUAAAUGAAGUAAAACUGUCAGAGUUUGUUGGUUUACAAUUGAAUGACUGGGUUGCAGGCGAACGCUGAUUUGAUUAUGGUUGUCAACUGUCGAUUUCGCCCCAUUUUGACUUUUUAAAUGCUCAUGCAAAUAUUUCCCAUGUUUGAAAUUGAACAUUUCACGAUAUUAAAAGUAGAAUUCAUGUCGUACACAUACACGGGCAUUAACCGUCAAUCAAUCAAUCAAUAGCAUCUAAGCUGAAGGAAUUGAUUUUCAAGUCGAAUUGUUUGCAAAGGAAUCAACAAUUCCCCUUUUUUCCACUCUAAUCGCAAUGAAUUUGCAAAUAUUUAUUUACAAACACCUAAUGACUUUGUGAAAUUUCUACCGCUCUCUCGUUCUCUGUGUGUGCGAAUGAGUCGAUCGACAUGAAACAUAAUUAUUUGCGUAAACAAUGUGAGCGCAACAGUGAACUGUGUUCUCUGCACAGGUACGAUCGAUCAAUCAUUUGAAAAUCAUUUAUCGAUGCAUUGGGUUGAAAUGUCGCAGAAAAAAAACGCAUUGAACUCUUUUCAAUGUUUGAUGCGUAAACAUAUUUAAAAGAUCAUUAGCAUUGUGACUAACAAUUUGUGAGAUGAAAUCCGUUGUACAAAGAUUUGUGUCCCUCGUUUUUCAUCUUGGGCUCUAUUGUUUGCGCACACAGCGCAUACAAUUUCAUCGUUGAAUGAGUUGAAUUGAAGGAAUAACACCACAAAAACAGAAAUCGAUUUACGUAUUUUCAAUAGGAAAAACAGCGAUGUCGGUUUCUUAACGCCCUUUCUUUAUCUCGGCACACACACAAUAGACAUGGCACAGUCAACGCAAGAAAAGGACCAAAUACAAUGUUCGAAAUGGAAUAAGCAAGAGUAAACACGACACCGAAUGGGAGAAUUUGCACGAUGUGCAAUCUCGUCUCGGUUAGGGUAGGUCGUUUGAGCGUCAUGCUCAGUACAUCCAAAUCGAUUUCUUGCAAGAAAUUCCUAGUUCACUCCAUAUGAAUCGGUCUUUCAUUUAACCCUUGAUACGGUACAAAAUCGUUUAUGAUCAAACAACAGAAAUUUAACACGACAGAAAAAUAGAAAACUCAAGACAAGAAAAAGUCAAAGUUGUUUCGUUUUAGCGACAGAGAGAGAGAGAGAAAAAGUUCGAGCUGGCACAAACAACAAUUUGUGGCUUAGAAAGUCAAUCAAAUGUAACCGGGAAAAAGUCGUUGAGUUGAUUGUUUGAACUGUGAGUCUGUGAAUCUGUGAGUCUGUGUGUGAGAACACGUCGAACCGGACUAAUGGAGAUUCAAAUUGGAUUCAUGCCGAGUUUCCGUAAUCAAAUUCAGUUUUACAGGCGAGCAUGGCGAGCGUGGGUAAACAUAAUUUUUUCUCCAGUGUGUUUGUUGUCGAUUUUCAAUUCGGCCAACGAAAAAUUUGCAAUCAAAGAGGUCGCUUUUUGUGUGUGCACUCACAUGAAAUCGCAUGCGAAACAAGGCGAUAAAUGUAAUAGUCAAUAUACAGAGGGAGAGAGAUAGAUUAAAUUUGGGCCAUAUUGAAAUACGACGAGGAAGUCGGGCGCGCAAUUCAAUCGUAUUGUUUAGAGGUCGAGUGAAGUGGAAAAAAAAUUAAGUCAAGCAAUAAAUUUAUUUUGAUUGUGCCGUAUCACGGACCAAAUUCGAAAUAGGAGAAACGUGUGACAUGAUUUAAUGUAUAUAUCUUUCGAAAGUAUUCAUAGCCAAAAUUGCUUUUAAUAACAAUUAUUUGCGAAGUAACACCAAAAUGGGAAUCCAAUCGCCAUUGGAAAACAUUUAAUUUGGUUUAUAUGAACGUUUAAUGAAUUGCUCAUCCAAUUACGAAUUCUGAAUGCGACAAUGCGAAGCCAUUGUCUACAUUCGCCAUAAUUAAUAAUUCAGAGCGAAAAGAUUGCGAGCUGUUGUCCGUUGGAAUGUCAUGCUCAUUUCCAUUGAAUGCUGCAGAAUUAAAUGCAAUUUGUGUGUUUUUCAUUGUAACGAGGGUCAAAUGUAUGCGUCAGAUGAUUAAAGCCGAAUGCGUAACGAAAGGCCAAUGGUUGUGUAUGUGCGUGUGCGCGAGCGCGCCUGUCUGCCAGCCUUAAUAUCGUGUGGGCACUCCAUCCGACAGCCCAUUGCAAAAUGUGUGUUUAUUGCUUGGCUAUGUUCGCAUCGAAAUUGCAUUUUUGAUAGAAUGUUAUUUGUUCAACAAUGCGAAACUGCAGAUUUUUUUGUUUUCGGUGUUGAUCUUCGCUACGGCUACGUAAAGUGGUACGACUUGACACAAUGCAUACCAAUGCACACGAAUAAAAUACCAAUUUCUAAACGAACCAGUGCUCAGCUAUUUUGCACAAACAAAAAAUAUGCUUCUUUUUGCUCGUUUAACUCACUGUGUGUAUGCGAAGACGAAGAUGCACAUACUUCGAUUAGCCGAUAACGAAAGGUAAGGCUCGCCGUGCUGUCGAUGUAAAUGUAGUUGUGCAUUGGUAGUGCUGAUGAGAAUGGUGAGUGAACCCAAUGCAUAAACAUCACAACGCACAGUAUCAACGUUAUAAUAUUGUAUUGGGUGAUCUUUGUACAGCGUGUAAGCGAAUACUCAACAUUACACUAUUCAUUCACGCAUACACUCUCACUCAUACCUCUGAACUGCUUUGAGUCGAUCUACUCAUACCACCACUACACACAACCGCGCACACACAUAUGCACACGGCGACGAAUGUUAACAGCAACAGCAAAAGCGAAUAGUAGAAGAAAGAAGAGUGUGAUGAAAAAAAACUGAAUACGGCCAAAUAAACGAAUUGAAAUUUAGUUGGCUAUAGGCAUUUACAGAGUGCACAUCGACGCAGUGCUGCUGUGUUUCAUAAAUUCCGGUUCGUUCUCGCUUCAAUUCUACGGUUUGCGAUCGUACGUAAAUAGAAGUCGAAUACACACAGUCCAAACCGAACGAAGUGAGUUUAGGCAACAUUUUUUUCUUGCUGUUCAGUGUUGGAAAGUGUUGGAUUCUCAAUUUCCAAUUGCGUGUUUCGCGUUAUGAACAAAAAUUAUCAUUGCACGCCGAAGAAAGUGCGUGAGUUGCAUAGAAUUUCGACAUUCUUUGCGCAAAGCGAAGUAAGAAAUCAAACUCUGAUUUAGUGGGUUUCUUUUAUCAAGUGCUAAUGAUAGUAUCAAUAGCGAUAAAGUGUGCCUGUGUUGUGGCAAUAUUAAAACUGUUUUCAAAAAAUCACUGAAUGUGCAGGGAUACUGUAUUGAACACCUCGUCUCAAUUCAAUCAAUUAGAUAAUUCAUAUGCAAAUUUUGAUCAAAUCAUCAAUUCUAUUCCGUUGUGAUCUAAUCCAUGUUUUUUUGGUUAUAACGACGACGUCUCGUUUACAUUUCAAUGCGACUUAGAAUCCGUAGUGUGGAAACAUUGUGUCAUCGAUGAGAAUGUUUCGUCAAUGAGGACAAGAGAAAUGUUAUUGCUUGUUUCUCACAACAAAACUGUCACACUGUAAAUGCUCAUACAAACGACGAAAAAGAGGUGUACCACGACGGCUGGUAAUAAAAUCUGAACGAAAAUCAUCAUAUGAAAAUGAGAACAGUGAUUUCUGUAUUUGUUUACGACCUAACACCAUCCCAAUAAAAAAAAACGUGCAUCCAACUAUUUCGAUGAAAAUCGUACGGUGUGUUACGAAAAAUCCGAUUAUAUUGGCAUGAAGUAAAAAUCAAAAUAAAAACUCAGCCGUACACACAUAAAACUGUGAAUAAAUUUGUAGCGGUAUUCUUUUAUAGUUUUCCGCUUUGAGUUAUCCGAUCAUUGUUGUGUUCUAAUUAUCGAACAUCAGGAAUAAAAAAAAAAGAACAAAACGACAAUCGAGGCGCAAAAAACCACGACAACAUACAAACAAAAACAAAAGCCGAUUAAGAAAAGACAGAAGACCUGUUGCGCCCAUUGUGCUGUGCAUUUGCUUAAAGACGCUAAUUAAGCAAUUAACCUGAAUUGAAAGAACUGAAUGAGUUACGAAAAAAAAAUUGGAUAACAAAAAAAAACGAGUUUCUGGUUGAAAAUAAAAAAGAAUCAGGAGACAUUGAUAAAACUCGACCGAAAAGCGAAAAUCGAAUUGAUAUUUUUUGUCGUAUUUCGUGUGUUUUGCUGCUGGAUAAGCGAACGCAUCGCAUAAUAAAGCCAUUUUGCUUAUCUUAAUGUGUGGACUUGGAUUUUUAUAGCAUGCGCAGUUUUACACACCAUAUAAAUUGGAACGACGAACAAUUAUAAUUACCAGUAAACGUAUUUAAGUGGACGCAAGCCAGAAAUUAUAUCGCGUACUCUUUUUGCGCAAAGUGAAUUUAUAAAAAAGACGAUUUCGACGGGAAGAAAAUCAAUCGAAAGAAAUUUUUGUUGUGGAAGGUAAACGUGUUAAUGCGAAGACGUCACACACAAAAUGAAGUACCUUAGCGGAAGUGGACACCGAGAAUCAUAUACUUUGGUGGCUCGUAAGAGGUAUAUGAAAAAAAUUCUACGCCAAUCGAUGGGUGCUUGGACGACAGCUACCGUACAAUCAGAUCAACCGUUAAAUAAUGCACCAUUGUUACGUUCACCGACGAAGACAAGCAGCGAUGAACGCCUCAAAGUGGCUACCAACGAUUUGUUUGAACUCUUGGAACGUGUACAGUGCUCCCGUUUAGAUGAUCAGCGAUGCGUGCUACCUCCAUACUUCUUACAGCAGGGAUCACGUGAAGAGCGUGUACCAAAUCCACAUGGAGGCAUUGAAUCGAACAGUUUACCGUCAAAUGGGCAAUAUGUAACACACAAACAGUUGAAACAUUCGUUAUCACAGUCCGGUUCGACGCCGGCAUCGCCACAGUUGCACCAUCAUCAGCUGUCAAAUGGCCAUCAUCAGUAUCAUUCACAGUCAUCGGUUAGCUCACAGUCAUCCUCGAUUAUAUCCACAAUACCAGCAUCACAGCGGCUACUCGAAGAGACACUCUCAAAACCGGGCCCAUAUUCGAUGAUUGUAUUGCCAAAUAACGGCGGCUACUGGGUCGACGGCACCGACCAUGAAUGCGCAUUCGAUGCACUUGGCAAUCCAGUUUUGCCGCACAACGCAUGGCGCAGCAAAAUUGAAACAGACGACACAGCCAAAUGCUAUAGGCGUUUCUAUAUCAAUCGAGAACACUCAAAUCUGGUGGGUGAUGAUGAUCAACUCGGACCAGUUCUAUUAUCGAUCAAAACCGAAAAUGUUGCGAACCAGGAACAUAUCAGAAUGUUGUUGAGAUUAAAAACGGGCACCAUGCAUGAAAUCAUACCCGUUUCAUGUUUGGGCAAUAGCCCGUCACCAAUUCGCAUGGCACGAUUGCUAAACGAUCAAAUUAAUGUGGACAAUUUCACGCCAGUUAUGUGUCCCAAGGCGUCGGGUAUGAUUGCCGCCUACGACGAACAUGUUCUGGUGUCUAACUUCAAAUUCGGUGUGCUCUAUCAACGAUACGGUCAAACAACCGAAGAAGAACUCUUCGGAAAUACCAACUCAUCGCCGGCAUUUGAUGAAUUUUUGGAUAUGCUUGGCCAGCGCAUCCGAUUGAAGGACCACAAAGGCUAUCGCGGUGGAUUAGACAUCCAAAAUGGACACACCGGCGACGAAGCCAUUUAUGAGGUUUACAAGGAACGAGAGGUUAUGUUCCACGUGAGUACGAUGCUCCCAUUCACCGAAGGUGAUUCACAACAAUUGCAGCGCAAACGACAUAUCGGGAAUGACAUUGUCGCUAUUGUGUUCCAAGAAUCGAAUACUCCAUUUUCGCCAGACAUGAUUGCCAGCCACUUUUUGCAUGCGUUCAUCGUGAUCCAACCGUUGGAACCGAACACACCGAACACCAGAUAUAAAAUUUCAGUCACGGCCCGGGAUGAUGUGCCUUUCUUUGGCCCAACACUUCCAAAUCCAGCCGUAUUCCGCAAGGGAUCCGAAUUGAAGGAAUUUUUACUCACGAAAUUAAUCAAUGCUGAAAAUGCGUGCUAUAAAGCUGACAAAUUCGCCCGACUUGAAUUGAGAACACGCACAUCACUUUUGCAGAAUUUGGUCGAUGAAUUGAAAGAGAAAACACGAGACUUUUUAGGCGCUAAUGUGGGCUCAGGUGGUGCAACAUCACCAGCACCCGAUACACCGAAAUCCGAUAGCAGCAAUGCUGGAUCCCGAUUCAUUGACACCGUUAAAAAGGCGCUAAUUUCGCGAGUGCGAUCCCAGAGUGUGGACGCAAAUGUUGCCAGUGAAGCAAAUCGAAUCAGCUUCAAUACCAAAAAGGGUUCAAAAGAAGCUACGAUCAUGGAAAAUAUUCAGAUCGCUCGCUCGAACUCAAACAAAAGCGAUUCGAAAAAGUCAACCAACGAUUCGUCAUCGUCGUCGCCCGACAUCACAUCUCGCGGCCCAUUAUGUGCAAAUAACAACAAUAACAACAACAGCCACAGCCAUGCGAACCAUCAUUCGAAUAAUAUCAACAACAAUUUGAAUAACAACGGCAAUGGCCCGUUGACUGCAACAAUGUCUGAGACAAGCGACGAUUCGAGUUUGAACAGUGUUGAGCUUGAUCCAAUGGAUGGUGGAGCAACGUAUGUUGACAGCGAUACUGGUUUGGAAUCGAUGUCAUCGGCGGAGGCAACAACAAAGGCCUGUUCUUUGUGUUUGGAUAGCGUGGUUGCGUCGAAUAUGAUGGUGCCGCCAGAAGCAAAUAUGCAAAUCGAAGGCUUAAAACAGGAAGUAACGCGAUUGAAAUGUGAUAAGUUGGAUCUUUUGCGACAGAAUGUGACAUGCCAAAGGGACAUUAAACGAUUACGUGAGCGUGAACUUUCGCUACAAGGGGAUUUGGCGGCAGCUGGAAAGGAAAUUUUGCGACUUCGCGAUUUGCUAAAGGAAUAUAUGCCCAGCUCAACAACACCGCCACAUUCAAUAUCGCCAAUGUAAAUAAGCCGAUGAUUAGUCAGAUAUGGUAUAUGAACGGGACAACGCAGGAACUGAGCUUUGAAAUCGAAAACUGAUGCAUGUCGCAUGUUGCAUGUGUGCUCGCAAAAAUCAAAUUUUCACACAGCGAAAUGGAAUAAAAGAAAAAGAAAUAAUACACAUUUGUCAUAGAGAAUAGUCCGUAUUAGAGUUAGAAAGUUUAUGACACAAAUCACAAUCGCACACAUUCAACAACAAUAAGCAGCACAUAAUUUAGCAACAUUCACUCAUUCACAAUUAUGCUAUUCAUCAUUUGCGGUAUGCAAAUUGCGUACGUAAAUCGUAAACACACUCACACACACCAUACACACGACAUCAAUGCACCAGAGAUCGAAAUCGUCGGUUAACGUCGUUCAUUCGUUGCACACAAAAUUGUGCAUACGAACGGCGUGCAACCGACGACAACGGGCUCUAAUCGUCAUAGUUUAUUCAAUAAGUGUAUAAAUAUUUGUAAUAAUCGUAUUUUCAAAAAGAGAGAACAUCGUAGAAAUUAAUGCAGCAGUGCAACAAAAACCAGACAGUGCAAUCAAAAAACAAUUUAUAAUAUUUUAAUGUAAAAGAAAUGCAAAGAAAAAGUUAUUUACAUUUAUGGGUUUUUGAAAAAAUUACAUAACAGUCUGUAGUGACUGUAGAGAUUUUGAUGAGACAUUUGGCAAACAUAUAUUGAAAAAUUUGAUUGCUUGUUGAGGGAAAGAAAAUUUUGAUGACAUUUUAUUGAUAGGAUUGCAUGAAGGACAUAGAAAAAUACCUUAAGAAAAUACAAAUCAUUUAACCGUUAGACAAUUUUAAGAGAAUCAUCGCCCAAAUGAUUAAUUCAACCAACACAUUAUUCGAAGAAACUGUCCAUUUGGGCGUUUCGCAUCUUCUUAGCUAAAUUUUACUAUUCACUCAAAUGGAUUUUUGUAUGAAUCUCAAAUGCAGAGUGUAUGUUAAAUGUUUUGCUAAAAUUAGCAAACAAAAACCAAUACAUUCUGCAAUGGGAUUCCAUUCCAUUAUUCCACUUUUCGAACGCCAAAUUCUAAACGAUUCAAUUUCAAAGUGUUAUUUGAUAUGAUAUUAGUUUUAUAUGAACGGAAAACAUUACAAGAAAAUUAAUCACAAAUUCCAACUAAAUAUUUUGAAAAAAUACGAUUUAGAGAAAAAAAUCAAAUAAAAUAUGCAAGAGAUUAUUUAAAUGUGGAAAAGGGAAACAAAAAGAUAAAAAAAAAUACGAUGGAUAAAUAUAAUCUUUUGGAAGGUUUUGCUAUGAUGAGCCCAACUAUGGCGAGGGGUCUUCAAAUGAGCGUGACACAUAUUUAAACAAAAACAUGACAAACAAAUUAACCACAAAAAUUAGCAUCGAUGUUAAAACAAUACAAAAAACACACACACAAAUUAACAAAGAUUAUUAUACCAACCAAAACAAAAAUUAUGAAAAUGUUUUUAAAUUGAAUGUUAUCAAAUGACAAACAAAAUAAUUAGUAUUAUUCACAAUCAUAUUAACUGUUUUAUGAAUGUCAUUUAAUGUGUAAUAUGCAAACAAACAAAUUCUAUUGAAUAAUCAAACAAAUAAAGCAGCAUCUAUUAGGGAAAAAAAAUGAUGUUAAACGGCCAGAGAGAAUUCCAUUGAAGCGCCCCACAGAAAAACUAAUCCAAAAGAGUCAAUUUUUACCAUCGACGGUCUGCGCAUGAACACAUUGAGAGAGAUUGUGGGUGGCGGACAUUUAAACAAAAAACCAAAGAUUUAAAAAAAAGCAGCUUUCAGGGAAUCUUCACCAAUCCCUGAUCGAAACACAUACAACAAUAUUAACAAUAAGUUCAUCUUUAUUCCACAGAUUUUUUUUAUAGUAUUUUUAAAGAAAAUCAGCUUUAUUUUACUUAUUUUUUUUAAGCGAAUAAAAGAUGACGAAAAAAAAACAUUUGCAAAAAAAUAACACUUCAACUAGAUAAGAAAUAAUAUUCUACCGAACAUGUUAUCAAAUGGUAAUAUAUUUAUGUUAAUACUGUCAAUGAUUAUUGAUCGUUUUUUUCUCUUUAAAUCAUUUAUUUAAACAAAAUUAUCAUUAAUAGCUUUUAAUCCCCCUUUUCUCACUUUUUUAAGAUUUAUUUUAUAAGCAACUCACCCCCACCCUUUCUUUUCAAUUCGAUUCUUUCUCUUCCCUUCCCCCUUUCGCGAUAAGAUCAAAGAUUUUUACGUACAAUUUCUAUCUUUAUGCAGAAUAAUAAUCUAUAACAAUUUAUUUCUAAUUUUAAACACACACACAAAUCUAUUAAAUUUAUUCAUAGAAUAGAAUAAAUCAUAUGAAUACGUAGUAUUGGAAUUUACUGUCAAAUAAACUCACAAAAUAUAUCUAUAACAAAA